AUGUCCACCACCCGCACCGCGCUGCUCGACAGCCAAGACGACAACGCGGAGACGGACGCGACCGCGCCUGGCGACGCCGCGCCGGCCGAGGCGCCGCCAAAGUUCACGCUGCGCGGCGAGGCGUGGACGAUGUUCAUGCUCGGCUGGCCCAUGGUGGUGAGCUUCGUGUGCCGGAUCGGCAUGGCCUCCACAGACACCGCCUUUGUCGGCCACCUCACCAACGCGACGACCGGCGUCUUCUUUGACCGCCCGUACAGCGGGGAGGAGUACCUCGCCGCGGCGUCGCUCUCCGACAUGGUGGUCAACAUCCUGAUCGUGCCUCCGCUCGCCUUCAACCAGGUGCUCAACGCGCUGGUCGGGCAGGCGCUCGGUUCGGACAACAAGAAGAUGGCCGGCACGUGGCUGCAGCUCUCCGUCUUCUUCCUCACGACGAGCUACCUGCCCUUCAUGCUGAUCCAGUACCUCUUCACCGCCGACGUGCUCAAGCUGCUCGGCUUCAACCACGACAUCUGCGAGCUCGCCGGCGUGUACGCGCGCUGGAACCUCUUCUGGCCCAUCCCGAACGGCAUCUACCAGUGCAUGCGCUUCUACUUCCAGGCGCAGGGCAUGCCGCGCCCCGCGAUGUGGAACAACCUCGCCUUUGUCCUCGUCAACGCGCUCCUCAACUGGACCUUCGUCUUCGGAGGGCCGCUCCAGUACGCCUGCGGCUGGACAGGGUUCGGAUUCAUCGGCGCAGCGACGUCUCUCCGGCAGGCGCCUGGAAGCACGCCCGAGCCUUCUCAAGACCAUGCCUGCACGCUCAUCUUCCAGUCCGUCUCGGGGCAGGUCACCACGCUGCUCAUCGCGCAGCUCGGCGCCCUCGCCACUUCCGCCUCGCCCGCCGUGGCCUCGUCCGGCCUCUCCGCCGCUUUCACCGCCGUCGCCGCCGUUCGCAUCGGCUUCCACCUCGGCCGCGGAGACGUGCGCGCCUCAAAGGCGGCGAUGUGGAUCGUCGUCGGCACGAGCGUCGGCACGAGCCUGCUCACCGUCGCUGUGCUCUGGCCGUUGCGCGCGCAGCUCUGCGAGCUCGUCACUUCGGACAGCGAGGUCGUGCCCGUCGCUUCGAUGCUGGUCGCCGCCGCCUUUGUCGCCGCCGGCUUGCCGCAGCCGAGCAUCGGCUUGGGCCGAACGUUCGUGACGACGCUGCUCUCGUUUGGCUUCGAGCUGCCGACCUCGAUCGGCGGCACCGCCCUGCUCGUCUACGAGGGGCUGCUAGCGAUCACGUGGGCGGGCGGCGGCUUCUCGCUCGUCGAGGACCAGGGCUCGAGAUGA